AUGAGUGACCGAACUACAUUAGUAGCAGUUCUGCAAUUACUAAAAAAAUAUAACCUAAAAGGAACAGAAGAAUUAUUAAGGAAAGAAGCAAACUUAACAGAUUUAGACGAUUCAAUACCAAUCGAUGAUGUUAAUGGCGUACUUGCAGCUUACAAAAGUGAUGGAGAUCCAGAUUUAUAUGAAAGUUCUUACCUUGAUUUGAGAAAAUUUGUUGAAAACUCUUUAGAUAUAUAUAGGUAUGAGUUGGCCAUGAUACUAUAUCCCGUACUAGUGCAUAUGUAUCUACGAUUAAUCUACAAUGGUCAUGAAGAAAAAGCAAUAUCAUUAUUGCAAAGGUUUUCUCCUGAACAAGAAGAUUAUUAUCAAGAUGAUCUUAAAAAGCUGUCCAUGAUCAUUAAGAAAGAACACAUGGAAAGCAAUGAAUUGUCACAAAAUUUUAAUACUAAUGAAUUUACAAUCAGAAUAUCACGCGAUACUUUGUCAUUACUUAAACGUUAUCUGCAAGAGCGAAGGCAGUCGGUUGUUCAAAAUAUAAUAGAUGAACGAUUAUAUUUUGAUAUCUAUGAAGGAGUUGCAAGGACAAAACAGCAAAUUGAAGCGACUGGUGGAGCUAUGCUAGGAGAAGCAAAACGACAAGAAAACCGUGCAAAAGUAUAUUACGGUUUGCUAAAGGAGCCUGAUAUACAGAGUAUGGCAGCACCUGCAGAAGAAGAAGAGGAAGCAGAAGGUGAAGGUGGUGAUAAACCAAAAAAGAAAAAGGCUAAACGUGACCCAUUAUUUUCAAAAAAGACCAAAUCUGAUCCAAAUGCGCCUUCUUUAGAUAGGAUGCCCUUGCCAGAUCUAAAAGAUGCAGAUAAACUGGAAAAGAUUAAGGCUCUUCGAGAAGCAUCAAAAAGAGCAAAUUUAGGACCAGAGUCCUUGCCAUCAAUAUGUUUCUACACACUGUUAAACAGCCUAAAUCAAAUAACUGCGGCUGAAAUUUGUGAAGAUUCAAGUAUACUUGGUAUAGGUUUUGCAGAUUCUGUUAUUAAAAUUUGGUCAUUAACACCAUCCAAAUUAAGAGGAAUGAAAAAUGCUGAUUUAUUGAGUGACAUUGACAGAGAAGCUGAUGAUGUAUUGGUUCGUAUGAUGGAUGAUCGAACUUCUGAAGUGAGUCGUUCACUUUUUGGCCAUUCAGGGCCUAUUUAUAAAUUAAGCUUUAGUCCUGAUAGGUCUUUGUUAUUAUCAGCAUCUGAAGAUACAACAGUACGUUUAUGGUCUCUUCAAACAUGGACAUGUGUAGUAAUUUAUAGAGGCCAUUGCUUUCCUGUAUGGGAUGUUCGAUUUUCUCCUCAUGGGUAUUAUUUUGUAACAGCAUCACAUGAUAAAACUGCAAGACUUUGGGCAACAGACCAGCACACACCAUUAAGAAUAUUUGCAGGACAUUUGGCAGAUGUUGAUUGUGUUCAAUUUCAUCCAAAUUCAAAUUAUGUAGCAACUGGAUCAAGUGAUCGAACAGUACGAUUAUGGGAUUGUACAACUGGUAACAAAGUAAGACUGAUGACUGGACAUAAGUGUGCUAUUUAUACAUUAUGCUUCUCAACUUGCGGGAGAUAUCUUGCUUCGGGCAGUGCUGAUAAUAGAGUUUUGGUUUGGGAUCUUUCACAUGGCUAUUUAGUAGCAUCUUUGAUUAGUCAUAAAGGACCCAUACAUUCAUUGGUAUUUAGCAGAGACGGCACUAUCUUAGCAUCAGGCAGCUUAGAUUGUACUUUAAAAAUUUGGGAUUUCUCCAAGUUAUGUGAAGAGGCUGCCCAUGAAGAUAUGAAUGUAUCACAUAACCCCGAUGUUAAAACAGGAGAUCAAUUUUUAUUAAGAACAUAUUCAACAAAGAAUUCACCAAUUCUAUGUUUACAUUUUUCACGUCGUAACUUGCUUAUGUCUGUUGGAAUGUAUGAAGCUUCUUAACAUAAAAAUGCUCCGAAAAAUAACAAAAUUUUAUUUAAGAUUAAUUUUAUUUAAAUUAUUUACAUAAUGAAAGAUUCAUUCUA